AUGGAAAGUGUUGCUUCGUCGGUUUCUCUAAAUCAACCCUGGGUAGCAGCUGGCGACUUCAAUGUCAUAGCUGCAGCAGAGGAGUGUGAAGGGGGGCCUCCCGCCAAUGUUCGGAACAUGGAUGAAUUUAAUGCUGCCAUGUUUAAUUGCGGCCUAUCUGUAAUUGAUUUUGAUGGAUCUCAUUUCACAUGGACUAAUGGGUCAGUCUGGCAGCACUUGGACCGGGCAUUGGGGAAUAGGCUGUGGUCUGAGGCCUAUCCGCUAUCUAGGGUUUCUCAUAUGGCCAGAGGGAGAUCUGAUCAUAGCCCUCUUUUGAUUAAAUGUGCAGGCAAUAGGGUGGGUUCGUCUUGUUUUCGGUUUCUCAAUAUUUGGCGGCGUCACCCCCAAUUUCGGGAGAUAGUGUUGGAAGCGUGGAAUAAAGAGGUCUAUGGCAUGGAGAUGGUUAGAUUUUACAACAAACUCGAAAUGGUGCGGGACAAAUUGAAGCAAUGGAACCAUGAGGUGUUUGGCAAUGUUUCUUCUAAGGUGGCAGAGGCUGAGCAGGAGUUGAAACAAAGGGAGUCAGAGAUUUCUUCCAAAGGUAUGGAGCAACCCAAGAGCUGGUCCCACUCUCUGUUGGUGCUCAUCGCGAAAGUGGAGGGUGCAUCCCACUGGAGGGAGUUUCAGCCCAUUAGCUUUUGUAAUGAGUUGGUUUUAGACUUGGAUAGGAGGUUGAUUGAUCCAAACUUGAUCUUGAAACUGGACAUGGAGAAGGCAUACGAUCGGGUCGACUGGUCGUUCUUACUUUUUAUGCUUACGCAAUAUGGCUUUGAAGAGGCUGUAAUGGAUUUGCUCUUUCGAACGUUCUCUAAUUCUUGGUUCUCGGUCUUAAUUAAUGGGGAGCCAACAGGCUUCGUGAAGUCUUAUCAGGGGGAUGCGUUGUUGUCCAUAAGGGAUUUUUUGCAGCUCUACCAGCAUUGCUCUAGCCAAAAGGUGAAUAUUACUAAGAGUGCUUUUUACGCGUCGUCUAGGAUUACGGACACUCAGCUGACCCUGGUCAGCACGACCCUGGGGUAUCAACGUCAAGGUUUUCCGUUUCGGUAUCUAGGGGUGCCACUAAUCCGUGGUGGGGUUACAUGUGCAGGGUUUGAUGGGUUGCUGGCCAAAGUGCUCCAACCGCCGAAGGCAGUGUUGCUGCAUUUAGGCCGAGUGUGUAAAGCUUUCCUGUGGGACACCUCUACUGAAGCCAAAAGGGUCCAUUGGGUGGCUUGGGAUAAGGCAUCCAUUUGGGCUAUGUUCAUGCACGUUAAGUACGUCAGAGGUGGGCAUCCUCUUCUUGUUUCACCUGACCGUCCGUCCCCAGUUUGGCGCCGUUUGUUGGAAGUGAGGGAUCUCACGAAGGGGAAUAUCCGGUGGUGUCUGGGCGAGGGCUUGGUUGACUUCUGGCAGGACAGGUGGUGUUCUGAUGUUCCGCUUGCUAGUUUGGUGCCAGGGCCUAAGUCACACAGGUUGGUGGGAGAGUUCUUUCUCUCUGAUGGUUGGGAUGAACAGUGGCUUCGACUGCUUCUUCCGGGGCACUUGGUGUCGAAGAUCUUGGAGCUGCGUAUAUUCCCCAAUACUCGAGACCAAAUGAUUUGGGCGGCGUCACCUUCGGGGAGUUUUACUAUGUCUUCAGCUUGGGAGGUUCUUCUCUCCAAGCACAACUGGUCCACUAUUGAUUCAUUGGUCUGGAGCUCGGUGGUCCCUCUGAAGAUUUCCUUAUUUGCUUGGCGUUUGUUGCUAGGAUGGCUUCCCUUGGAUGAUCUCCUUCAAGCAAGCAGUGUUUGGUGGCAUUUCUCUCACGUCUUUGGGCUGAUGGUCCAGGGUAGUGGGGUGGCUACGAGGCUUGCCAGCUGGCUCUUGUCUCAUCGGUUUGUUUCACAGAGUCAUAUUCGUGUCAUUCUUCCUCUAUUGAUUUUGUGGUUCCUUUGGAAGGGCCGUAACAAGGACCACUUGGAGGGGACGAGUAUGUCGUCUGAUCAGAUAAUCAACCAGGUGUGUGCAUUUCUCGACCAGUUGGGUAGGGGUGGCCUGCUUAAGGUGGAGUAUUUCAAAGGGGACACAGAUUGUGCUUGGGUGCACUAUGGUAAGGUCAAGGAAAAAUUGGUACAGCUUCGCGCCUUUUCUUGGGUGAAACCUCUAGGGCAAGCUGUGAAUCUCAAUACUAAUGCAAGUGUCGUAAGCGGGCGUGCUAUGGGUGGAGGGGUGGUGCGUUCGACUAAGGGUGAUUUAGUGUUUGCCUUUUAUAAAGAGUUUGGAGAGCAAGACAUUCUCUCUGCAGAAGCAUUGGCAUUGCAGGAGGGCCUACGCUCUUGCCAGGACAACAAUCUCUUGGGAUUCGUAGUGGAGGUAGAUUCUAGUACUUUAGUGAGUGUCGUGUCCUCCAAGAUGCCAUCUCGCUGGCCAUUAUGCAACAUUAUUAGGCAUAUUCAAUUCUUGGUGGCGAAUUUAGGAGUGUCUUUGGUUCACACGUUCAGAGAAGCAAAUGCGGUUGCAGAUGCUUUGGCCUCCUUGAACCUACGAUCGGAUGUCCGGUUCUCAAGUGCUGCAGAUCUCCCUUCUAAAGUUUGGUCACUUUUGCAGUUCGAUAAGUUGUCCACUCCUUGUCAGAAAAUCUACUACAUUCCUUUGGGUGCAACUCAUGAUAAAGUGGCCUUUAUCAUGAAGAUGAAAAAUGGAAGUGGCCUCAAGAUAGGAAAAUGUCAAAGGAAGUAA